UACAAACCAGUAUUGGGCUUUAAGAGAUGAUGCAACUCAUGGUAUGGUUUCUUUUGUAGGAAUUGCUAUGUACCUUCCCUUACAGAACAAUCAAUUAGCGAGCGGCUCCAUUAAAGUUGCCGGCUGCAAUAUAUUAC